CUUGCGCCGGGGGUGGCCCAGAAGGUUCAUAAGGGCUGUCGGUGGCUGGGUCCGCUUAGUAUCGGGCGGACGUCCUCCUCGGCGCAACCCACCCGCUUUUCCACCCGCUCCGAAUCGAAACUCACGCACGAUCCCGGCCACGUGUUCGUCGCAUACGGCAAAUGAGCGAGGGCUAAAUGAAAAUUAAUUGACAAGACCUCCGCCCGUACACUUUUUAGAAUGACAAAAGGGAAGCCAGUUAGGAGAAUUCGUGUUAGCUCAAGGAGAUAGAAACAGAAAUAAAUAACGAAAUGAUUUAAAAUGAAGAUGCCCUUCAGAGUUCUUCUAAUCCAGACAGUCCUCAGCGUUACAGGAGUGUUGGGGCUCACUUGGGAGUCGUGGUGGACCUACGAUGGAAUAUCUGGGCCAGAUUUCUGGGGGCUUAUCAACCCAGAUUGGAGUAUGUGUACAAAAGGGCGGCGGCAAUCCCCGGUCAAUCUUGAGCCAAAUAAGCUUCUAUUCGACCCAAACCUCCGGGCCCUCCACAUGGACAAGCACCGAGUGAACGGCCUGCUGACGAACACGGGGCACAGCGUCCUGUUUAGAGUAGACAACACGACGAGACAGCACGUCAACUUCACAGGCGGACCCCUUUCCUACAAAUACCAACUACACCACAUCCACGUCCACUACGGAAUGGACGACGAGACGGGAUCGGAACACACGAUCAACGGGCACACGUUCCCAGCAGAGAUCCAAAUAUUCGGAUUCAAUUCGCAACUGUAUUCGAAUUUUUCUGAAGCGGUCCACAAAGCGCAGGGGAUCGUCGCCAUAUCCGUACUCCUCCAGUUGGGGGAUUUGUCUAAUCCAGAGCUUAGGAUACUAACAGACAAUCUGGAUAAAAUCCGCUAUGCUGGUGUAGGCGAAGAGGUAGAAGUGCGUCGGCUGUCAGUUAUGGGCCUGCUACCCGACACAGAGUACUACAUGACGUACGACGGCAGUACGACGAUGCCACCGUGCCACGAGACGCUGACGUGGGUCAUACUAAACAAACCAAUUUACAUCACCAAGCAGCAGCUGCAUGGCCUAAGGCGGUUGAUGAUGGGUGAUGGUGAAGACCCGAUGGCACCUUUAGGCAACAACUAUCGGCCACCGCAGCCGUUGCACCACCGGCCUCUGAGAACCAACAUCGAUUUUAACGUUAAGCAGGCAGGAGAGAAGCAGUGCCCCAGCAUGUACAAAGAAGUAUACUACAAAGCUAACAGUUGGAAGCUGCAUUAACGCUUAUGCAAAUAUAAAUUCCUAGGAACAUAUGAGUAUUAAGACUCUGCGAUAACCGCAGUUGGCCUGGAUUCAAAACUGUCAUUGUAAAUAUUAUAUACACAUAUGAAUAUAUAUAUUUAUUUAUUUAUAACCGACAAAGAGAUGUACUGUUUUAAAUUAUGUGUCGAGGCAAAUCGAUUUGCUAUGUAGAUGAGAUUAUAAAAAGAAUUGAAAAUUUAUACAAGAAGAGGUUUCAUGCCUGUUCUUAUAUAAAAAAAUCGCUUAUCGUAGAUAUUAAAAAAUUGUAUUGUCUAUAGUACGUUUGUAUGUAUUAAAAUGAUAAAAAAAAUAAAAGGGUUUUAAUAGAUUUUAGGAUGGUUAUCUUAGCGAGGCUUGUAAAAUGAUACAUAUCAAGUAGUCAAUGUGUAUAUAAAAUAUAUAAAUAUAGGCUUAAGAUUUUAAUUAUACAAUAUAAUGAAAAAGAAUGAACGAUGUUGGGAGUAACUGUUAUGCAUAACAGCCUUAAAAUUUGUACGAGAAAAAAAACCUAUAACCGAUAAGUGAUGACUUAUAUAAAUAAACUGUCUCCACUAUGAAAAGAACAGAAAUAAAUAUAAAAAAGGCGCUCUUUCCAGAUAGCUAUGAAUCGAUCUACGUCAAUCAUUUUUUUCUUUAGUUCAUUUUCUGUUAGUGAUUGUAUUUGAAUAUGUGAUUGGUGUUCCUGGCCAAUUUAUAUUUUGUACAAGAAGUGUGCUUGGUUGGGUAAAAUAAACAAAGA